AUGUCAAGACCCUACGACCCCGCCGACCACCUCGUCGACGCGUACCGCUCCGCGCGGCUGCAGUACGUGCGCGCCGACGCCUCCGACGAGCGCUUCCUCGCCUUCGUGCCCCUCAUCGAGCAGGACCCCGUCACGCAGGCGCACGCCGCGCCCACCGUGCUGCAGCCCAAGGGCCGCCGCCAGUUCGAGGACUACGCGGCCGGCGUGGCGGCGUCGACGCUCGGCGUCAUGAUUUGCCUGCUGCCCGAGGAGGAGGAGGAGCGGCGCCAGCAACAGCAACAAGAACAGCAAUCACAACAACAGCAGUCACAACAACAAGAAGAGCAACAACAACGAGUAUCGCCAUCGCAGCAGCAGCACCAGCAGAAGCCCACCAUCAUCGGCGUCAUCUGCCUCGGCUGGGGCGGCGGCAACCCCGCGACGGCGCACCACCGCGGGUCGAGCAUCGGGGUGAGCCUCGCGGCGGCCCACCAGGGGCGGGGGUACGGCCGCGAGGCCAUCGACUGGAUGCUCGACUGGGCGUUCCGGCACGCGGGGCUGCACACGGUGGCCAUCACGGCGGCGAGCUACAACGCGCGGGCGUGCGCGCUGUACGAGAGCAUGGGGUUCGUGCGCGAGGGCUGCCGCCGCGAGACCAUCUGGAUGGACAGGGCGUGGCACGACGAGAUUGAGUUUGGCAUGACCGAGGGGGAGUGGGAGGCGAGGAGGCAGAGGGACAAGAGUCGCAAGACAGGGAAUGUGGUACCGGUCGGGGCUCGUGAGGUUGCCAAGAGCUGA